AUGAGAUCCAAAAAGUGGUUUGGAAGGUGGAAGAGAAAGCAGUCGCCCCCUCUAUCCACACAACAACCCGAUGUGGCAAAUUCUGCUGAUGCCCAAUUAAGCCAAAGUAACCAAGAAGGAGCACAUCUCAGCGUACCUCACAACACCAAUGACUCAACCAUCGAUCAAACAAACAUCAACGCCUCCUUUAAACGAUCCGAGGAUCUCCAGGUCCGGCUGGAAAGUGUCCCUAUUCGACAACUCUGGAAUGUGGCAUACGAAACACUGCGAGAAGAAGACGCCACACUUAUUAAAGAAUAUGAGAUUAAGCUACAAGGAAGCGUUGUCGCCGGUUUAAGCGAAACCCUUCAAUCAAAAGCGAAUAUACAAGAACGGAUGUGGGCGAUACUUCAGAGCAAGAUGGACGACGUCAACAAGACCAAGCUCAAGUUCGGCAGCUCCGAAAUAACAGCUGAGGAUGUUUCAAAUGUUCUUGUAAAUGUUAUGAAGGCGGCUAAUGGCUUCAUCAGCCAAGCUGUGAGCGCCAGCCCGCCUGCCUCAAUAGCUUGGGCCGGUGUUAGCUUUUUGCUACCGUUAUUCAUGAAUAUUUCAACUCAGAAUAUUGCCCUAGCACAAGGACUAGAAUACGUCUCGUCUCUUGUCGCGCAGAGCCAGGUGAGAGAGGAACUUUACAUCAAGCGCUAUGAGUUACGAACCGAGGGCCAUGAGGAGUUCCAGCAAUCGCAUCACGAAUAUAAAGCUUCUUUAGAGCGACUCUACAGGCAAAUCUUGAAAUUCCAGGCUAAAAGCUGCUGCUACUACUCAAACAACUCAGCCCUUCGACACACUCUUGAUGCUGUCAACUGGAAUGGCUGGGAUCAAUUAUUAAACGAUAUUCGCGAACGAGAGCAAUGUUUCCUCGCAGUUGAGUGGCUUUGGCGGGAUAUGCAGCGUCUUGAGGAACGUCUAGCAACUGAGAAUGCGGAAUCUAGAAAGGAGUGCGAGGAACUAUUGAAGUGGCUCUCUGAUAUUGAUCAUUCGUCAUUGUACAACACUGCACGCGAAAGACAUCAGGAUGGCACCAAUGAGUGGCUUAUCAAGCAUAGUGAGGAAUUUAACACUUGGAGGACAACUGCUCGCUCGUUACUUUGGCUUCAUGGGAAAGAAUUAUCAUCGCCAGCUGAGAUCCGCGCGGCUCUCUUAGACCUUCCUGUCGGUCUUGAUGCAACAUAUGAUCGGAUUCUUGACAGAAUCAAUACCAAAUUUCAAAAUCGAGUGAUAAACUCAUUAAAGUGGCUUGCAUUCGCAAGACGAGCCCUAACUGUUGUAGAACUUUCAGAAAUAUUCAUUAUCAGUCCCGACGAUAAUAAUGCUUUUGACGAGGAUAUGCGACCUUUUUCUUCUGAAGAUGUAUUAAAAUAUUUCUCUGGCCUGGUGAUAACUUCGAAAGACUUCCUCGGCAUCACUCGAGCUCGCCUAGUCCAUUUUUCCGUCAAAGAGUAUUUGACUUCUGGCAGAAUAGAACAAAGGCCAGUCUCAGCCUUCUCUUUCACGGAAAUCAACGCGAAUGCACAUAUUGUGCGUUCAUGUCUCGCCUACCUCACACACGUGGGCACCAUAAUUGGAAGAUGGACUGAAAUCGACCGAUGGACGGUGGAAAAGUUUUAUCCCUUGUUUGAGUACGUGGCAGGUAACUGGGGACUCCAUCUUGAGGAGAUACCACGCGCGUCAUGGUCGGCCAAGCUCUCACACGAGGUGAUACUUGCGCUUGCAAUACGCAGCCAGAGCCUACAUAUACUCACUCUACUGAAUUAUAAUCACAUCUAUGGCUCUCCGGAUUUAUACAUGCUGAAUAAGCCAUAUUGCUAUACAGCUCAGCGUGGUUUUCUUCAGCUGACCGAGACAUUGAUCUCCCAGGAGUUUGGUGUACAUACGUACUUGACGCAAGAAGACUUGGAUUUUGGGCUCCAAUAUGCAGCUUAUGGGGGAAACACAGACAUAGUGCAACUCUUUCUCGAAGCCGGCGCCGCGGUCAAUGUGUACUACGGCAAACAUAAAUGGCGUUCAGCACUACAUGCCGCUUUGAGUGGCUGCCAUCUUGGUGUCCUUGAGCUCUUGAUACAACAUGGGGGGGCCAAUACCAGCCCUUACUCCUACUUACUUCCAUUGGUAAAGAGCUACGACAGGAACAGCUUCGAGUUUCUCCUUGAUCUCGGCCUCAACGUAGAUGCACAAGAUGAAAAUCAACAGACGGCGCUUCACUUGGCAAUAGAUGCUGAACAGUAUCAAGGUUAUGAGAGAAUUAGCCUACUUCUAGCAAAGGGAGCUAGUGUCAAUGUUUUGAGUGAAAACUUCGGCACGCCGCUUCACGUAGCAUGCACUUCACAUGAAAUGCGUCCCAACUCAUUACUUAGCAACAUUGAAACGCUAUUUGACCACGGCGCGGACCCCAAUAUUCGAGGCGGGGAGUAUGCCACAGCAUUACAGGCUUUGUGCUACACUGUACUACGCGAAAAGCAAAAUGCAAACUCAGUGGUAGACAUAAUUUCAUUGUUGAUCAAGCAUGGUGCUGAUGUGAGCGCUCGAGGAGGCGAGUACGGCACGGCACUGCACGCGGCGGCAGCAGCAUCACGAUAUUCCGAACAGGCAAUCCCCGUCAUGCAGCUGCUCCUUGAUCACGGCGCCCAAGUUGACCAACCGGGCGGCGACAACUGGGGAACUGCGCUGCAACUUGCCUGUAAUCAGGGGACGCCGGAGGCCGUUCAAUUUCUUCUUGAUCACGGGGCUGAUGUCAACGCAGAGGGCGGCAGUCGCUUCGGUACACCGCUCCAAGCUGCUGCACGGAGAGAAACUCCUACAUGGAAUGAAGCUACUGUGGAGAUGGAAAGCAGCGGCGAUACAUUUUCACUGCAGAACAAAGUCCAGCUCCUAGAGCUGCUUUUAGACCGAGGUGCCGAGAUCAAUCAACAAGGCGGAGAAUGGGGAUCGGCUCUGCAGGCUGCUUGCCAGGAUACUGACGUAGAAGUGCUCUGCUUGCUUCUCGAACGCAGUGCAGACGUCAAUGCAAGCGGUGGCAUGAACGGAUCGGCGCUCAUGAUUGCCUGUGGCGUCAAUGACGAGGACGACGCGAUGAAUAGUAGCGAGUGUAUUCAGCUGCUACUGGACUGUGGUGCUGAUGUAAACGCACAAAGUGAAGAGCAUGGAACUGCCCUGAUGAUUGCCUGUGGUGUUUACUUUAAAGAUGUGGAGCGCGUGCAGAUGCUGUUAAAUCACGGCGCCAACGUCAAUGCACAAGGGGGUAAAUACGGAACAGCGCUCAUGGCUGCGUGCCAAGAAGGCGAGGACCAGCGCGACACUGGUGUCUGGAAGAGAACUCCAGACAGCGAUUAUUUCUUCUCGCAAGGCUCAGUGCCUGUAGCGCAGUUGCUGCUUGAUCACAAAGCUGAUGUGAAUGCUCAAGGAGCAAAUUAUGGGACCGCGCUCUCGGCGGCCUGCAGCUGGGGCCACUCCAAGCUGGUGCAACUGCUGCUUGAACACGGGGCAGAUAUUCAUUUCCAGGAUUAUACUGCCUGGCAUAAGGCUGUACGCUAUGCAGCCUCUUUUCAUGAUGGUGAUAAAGCACUUCUGCCUCUCCUAAACCACGGCAUGGAUGUCAAUCAUAUACACAGAGAGUACGGCACAGCCCUGCAUUCUAUUAUGGGGGAAUUCGCACCUAGAGAUAUUGAUAGAUCUGGACAAUUUUGGCCGUCACUCAAUCAAGGUAUCCCGAUUUAUGAAGAUGAAAUAUCUACUGAGGACGAACAUUGGCGCAGAAGCUUUCAUAUCUUGAUCGAGCAUGGUAUUGAUACCAGCAUCGUGAGCGAGAGGCUGGGCUCCGCGCUCCAUGUGGCAUGCGCGAUCAAGCCCGACGAGGCACACAGAAAGGCCAGUCAUUCAGGUUCAUGCUGUGCGAGUAUCAAUUGCAUGUCUCGCAAAACAAAGUAUCUCCUUGAACGAGUCCCUGGCAUCGACGUAAAUGUACAGGGCGGAAUAUUUAGCUCAGCUCUCCAAGCAGCCGCGUAUUCAGGCCAGGCUUUGUCUGUGAAGAUGUUGUUGGAGAGAAAAGCCAACGCUGAUGUACGCGGCGGAAAGUAUAUGAGUGCACUGAAUGGAGCUAUUGUCGGCGGCCAUUGGGACAUCGUUGAAGUUCUUCUUGAAGCCGGCGCGACACCUGACUGCGACUUGCAAGAACAGCCUGAUGAAGUGUGGCUACAGAUACUGUUGGAAGAAGACGGCCGAGGGGCCAUUGAGAGAUAUAAAAAGUUUUGGGACGUGCAAAGGGAGAAGAAAAGCAAAGUGAGCUAA